AUGCCUGCCGCCGGCAACCCUCCGUCGCUUCUCUCCUCAGGAAGCUGCACGCAGUCUCUCUGUUCUGAAGACCCGUCUCUUUGCUCAGAAAGCUUUCCUCCGUCUGGACUCCCCCCAUCUACCUCGCCACGGCUCUCUCUGCGCCCUGCCAGCGAUUUUCGCGCAGGCGCCUCUCCGCGGAGGGAAGCGUCGCAAGCGCACGGCGGCGUGGAGCGCAUAAAACCCGAAAACAGAAAAGCUCGGGUCAGCGAGGGGCUGGACGAUGCUGCCGAUGCGCAGGCAGGCAAGGCUGAAAUGACUCCUACGCAGUGCGAUCUAAAUCAGCUCCUGGUUCGCCUGCUGUCUCUUCCCUCGUCGCACCCCCGGGCCCCUGGCGCCGUUCCGCCUUCGACCGCGGUCGCAGAGACUGUCUCCACGGGGACGGGCCUGGAGGAGCUUCCAGGGCGCGGCCGAGAGGAGGACUGUCUCCGCGAGACCAGUCCAGCGAGAGAGGCCAAGGGCCGGUCUCUCAAUUCAGAGGCAGUUCCCGAGAGGCCGGCCAGCGACGCAGUGUGUGCCAGCCCACACGUGGGCGCGAGCGGAAACGAUGAGGCUUGCGAGAGGCUCAGAGGCCCAGAGGAGCGGAGCGGGGAGGGGGUUAAUGUGGCGUCCGGACUCUGCGAGAGCGGCCCCAAACACGCGGGCUGCGUGCGCCCCCGCCCGGAGCCCGAGGUGCUCAAGGGGGACUGCGAUCGCUCGGCUUGUGCGGACGCGGUUUCGAAUGCCCAGGCUGCCGAGGAGCGAAUAAGUAAUGAAGGUAAAACCGUCCUGAAGCAUGUCGUCUCUUUCGGAUUCUCGCUCGCGGCCCUCGAGGCGUGGGUCCCCCAGCCUUCCCCCUGCUGCGCCGCCGCCGCCGCGGUCGGUGCCUGGAACGCAGUCCGCGGCCUCUCUGUUCCCCGCCAGCCAAUGGGCGAGAAAAAAGGAAGUCCGACGGAGACAGGGGCGCUGGCCGCUCCGGCUGAAGGCCCAACGGAAGCGCCCGCGGGCGCAGAGAGGAGCGCCGCAGACGCCAGACGCCUGGGAGAUGGCGCGCCGAGAGAAGCCCUCACCAGCGACGCAGCGCUCCUCGAGGCGGAGGAUCUCGGCGCGGGAGGACAACCGGAUCAACGACGAGGAGAAGAUCAGGGCCGCGGAAAUGCGCUCUCGCCUCCGCCUCCGCGAACAGGAGAAGCGACAAAAGAGCGACGCUCGGAUUUGUUGGAGUCGCGUUCACACUCCCCCUCGGCGCUGGACGUAGGGGCGGGCCUGGAGGCGCUGCUGGUGCAAGCGAGAAUCGCGAGGAAGGAGACGCGGGCGCGCUUCCUCUCUUUGCUGUUGUCUCCUGCGCAAGCGUGCGACGAGAGCCUGAGAACGCGGUACCUGGCUGAACUUCUCGAGUUCGAAGACUACGUUUUGAGAGAACUGCUCAAGGCCGAGGCUGCAGAGAAGGAGACGCGGAAACAAAAAGCGCCUGAGGCGGGACAAGCGACUCCGAGGGGAAAGGCAGCCACUGAACGUGGGCGGGAGGUUCUGAGCAGCGACGCGGCGCAAGACACGGAAAAAGAGACAAUUGUUCAUCGCCCAGCAACCGCACUCAGCGGAACCGGGGACCCAGAACGCGCAGCAUGCGUAGAGCAGCGACAAGCGCAGGCGAACGGCUGCAGCGGAGAGACAGGAGGACUCGCGGAGGAAAAAGAGCCUCAAAAGGAGUCGAACGAUGCAGGACGAGAAGAGGAGGGCGCAAGCGGAGACCGAAGGGAAAGCGGCUCGCUCAUGCGCGAGGGACAAACGGAGAGAACAGGAGAACAAGGUCAACAGACUCCAGGCGCCCAGACGAGCGAAAUGAAAGCGGGCGCUGAAGAGAAAGCAAGCGGCCUUGAGACUGAUAAGAAGAGAGGCCCCUCUGCGGCCGCGUCGCCUGCCAGGGGCGCCAAACAGAAGAGGACGCGAAGCCUCCUGCUGCGGAUUCUUCGAGAGACGCUCGAGCCCUUCCUUCUUUCCGGUGGACACGAGAGGCCUCCUGCCUCGCUGUCUCCGUUCCUCGCCGCCGUCGCCUCUGAAUCGAAUUCGUUUUCGCCUCCCAGUGGCGACUCCGCCCUGCACGCAUUCGCUCAAACUGCGGCGUCCCCUAGUUCGCCUGCGUCUGCGGCGUCUGGAGGUCUGCAUGCGACACGCAAGCCCGCUGUGGACUCUCCUCCGUCCCCCCCUUUCUCGCCGAUCGCCUUGCGUCCUCGUUCUCCUUUCGCCUCUCCGUCUGCUGCCUGCGCCCUGGACUCCGGCGUCCCUCCCCUCGCUCUCCCUCGCGCGCCCGACUUUCCGACUCUGAGCGUCUACUCGCCUGCGGCCUUGGGAGACCAGCGCGAAGAGAGCUGCAGGGCGGGGGCGGCCGUGAGUGGCGUGGGGGCCUCGGCCGCCAGCUGCUCGAACGCGUGCGAGGAGGCUGCCGGUGGAGCUGGCGAGAGAGCGCUUGUCAGGCUGCCAGCGCGCGAGGGAGGAGAGGGAGCCUGCGGGACAAGCGAAGCGCGCUGCUGCCAUGCCGUCGACUGUCGGAGUCCAGCGGCGACUUCUGCGCAUGCAGCGUCUCCAGUGUCUCCUUCAGAAGCCGACAAGGUGCCCUUCGCGGCGGCUGCGCCUCCAGGCGUUCUCUGGCGCCUCGCACGCUCGCUCUGGUCAGAUUCAGCAGCCUGCGAAGGCGACGCGGCAGCCGGCGAAGGCGACCCGCGUGGACGUCUGCGGCCGCGCGAGCCGAGUGCGGUCUGCGGAUGCGCCGAGGAAGGAGUUGAAGCCCGGGAGGGCGAAGACGAGCGAGGAAGCAGGAGGGCGCAGCUGGACGGGGUCAGUUGCUCUUCUUCCUGUACUUGCGGCUCGACGCCGAGUUCGCCUUCGCACUGCUGCUGCUGCUCGGUCUAUUCCGCGUCGCCUGUCCCUUCGCGCUCCAUGUCUCCAUCACAGAUUCAUCCGGCCUCUUCACCGGGUUCUCCUCGCUCUCUCUCUCCGUGUUGUUUUCCGCCUUCACCUCGCUGGUUUCCGCCCGCGCCCGCUGCGUCGUCUGUUCGCCCUUUCUCGCGGUUCUUCUCUUCCGCUUUGUCCCCUGCAUCGGUUGCCACUUCUUCCUCGCUGCUGGUGGUGGUCCUGGAGCCGCCGAAGAAUCCCGACAGAGUCUUCGCGCUCGGGAGGCGCCGCAGCGGCAGAGCGGCAACGCAGGCUCCAGCGACCAGCAAGUUGCAGCUCGCAAACCCGCCGCGUGCGUCCCCUUUGCGACUGCGCGGAGGCGCUCAAGAAAGCGAGAAACGAAAGCGAAAGGAGACGCGGCACUGCCUCGAGGCUCCUCGUCUCAAGCAGGCAGACGAAGGAAGUCCUGCCGCAGGAAAGCAACUCGAGCCCCCAGCGGAGGAGCCAGGCAGGGACGAUGGCCGCGCGAGUGGCGAGGAGGCGAACGCAGGGAGUGACGCGGAGAGAGAAAACGUCCGAUGUGGAGUCAGCGAAGAACGGAUCGGGGCAGUCUCGCCGCUGGAGCAGCGAGGGGACGGAGAUCGAGACGAGGAGGAAGACACCAGUGAGGCAGACGAGCGGGCGAGGAGGGACAGGAGGGCUCGAGGCGCGGCACGAAAGAGCGACGAAGAAGAGACUCUGGGACAAAUCACGCAGGAGGCGGAGGGGUUCCGGCUCGCUGUCGCUCGGCCGCUCGAAGAGGAGGAAUCGAGACAGGCUGUGAAGAGGCGAGGGAGCGAUGCUGCUCGGUUGCGCGCGCGGAAACUCGCCUCAGCGCUGGAAGUCCUCAUGCAAAGAGGACAGGCGGAGAAGCGUCUGCUGGUCGCCAAGCCCAGCACGCGCCACGCCGGGAACAAGCAGUUGCUCGAGGCAUUCGUUGAAAUCGAGAAAACUUACCACAGUUGCUUGCCGCGAGACGACGAGGGAAAGGACCAAGCGGCGCCUGAGGGAGGAAGCGAACGCGAGUGCCGACACGCCAACCCCCAGAGAGCGUCCGCAGGCGAUACGGAGACAGAAUGCGGAGAAAAAAAGGAGAAAGAAGAAACGAGAGAGGAAACGAAAGAAGCGGAAAGCGGCGGAGGAGAGGCGCAAGGGUGGGGGGACGAAGGCAGGAUCGGAGGUCGCGACCUUGGCUCACUUUCUGAGAAAGAAGAGAGCCGAGCAGUCGCUGAAGACAGCGGCGUCGGCAGGACCGAAGAAGCGGGAGCAAGCUGCGAUGGGCGGCCGACUGAAGACUGCCUCGGCGCCUCCUGGGUUUGUCCUUUCUGCAGGAACGGCGUACGGGCGUUUGCGCUGAUGGGGGGCGCCGGCACGCGCAGCAGGUGGACCGUUGGCGGCCGCGAGGAGAGGGGCGGCGAGGCGCGAGUCGGCAAGCAGGCCAAGAGGAAGCGAGGCGGGGGGAAGGAGACUGCAGCGGCCGCAGAGACCGACGUGGACCCUGCGAUUGAGAAGGCGAGUGACGAAGAGACAGAGGGCGACGACCGGGCUGAAGCGCUGCAGGCGGAGGAAGAGGAGGUGGAUGGUGCAGGCGAGAAAAGGGCGACGAAGAAGAAGCGGAAGAGGAACAGCGUCGCGGAAAGGCGAGGCAGCAAUACGGCGGCUAAGCGAGGGCCUGCAGAGGCUGACGCAGAAAGGGAGAAGGCUCGCGCAGAGGAGGAGGAGGAGGCGGAGCGAGACUGGCGGCGAUUCCUGAGCUCCUUCGAGGAGAGAGACAGCGCGAUCGUCGUUCACCUGCAGAAUCACUACGCCCUCGUCUUCGGGUGGAGAGAAAUCUUGGUCGAAGGCGCAGACUCUGAGAACUCCGAGCGCCCAAAGGAGCCGGGGGAGAUUUCUGGUGCGCUCCGCGCAGGCGCGGAGGCAGGAGGCUGGUUGCCUUGCCCGGACGAACGCGCUGAGGAAGGAAACGGCGAAAACGGCUCCACGCUGGCGCCUGCGGAGCUUGAAGCAGACUCGCUGCGCGUGGAGAGCGAAGAGGCAGCCAGUGCCACGGUUGAUAAAAGGAUCUCUUCGGCCGCAAAGGAAGCACAACAGCAGCGUCCCUCGCCGUUGGCGGCCUCUCAGGGCGCGAGUCAAGAGCAGGGCAAAGCCCAUAGCCCCGCGCAUGCAUGCAAAGAGGGGCGGAAAUGCAGCGAAAGCGUCGAGGCCGCAGAACGCGUUUCAACCGCACAACGAACGGCAUCUCUCUCUUCAGCAGGAGAGCGAGCCGGCGCGUCGGAGUGCUUCCUCGUGACUUCUGAAACACAGGCUCCCAGUUUUUUCGAUGCGUGUCGAGAGCGUGAGGGGACUCCAUCCUGCUCGCCAACUGCAAACGCUUCGGACGCGGUCGCGGACGGGAGCUGGCUCUGUGUGGUCGAGCCGAGCGCGCGCGGGGGGCUAGUGGGCGGAUCCUGUGGAGUCAAGAAGAGGAUUCAGACGUCUGGCGAGCAGACGGAGUGUGCGGUGUCGUGCGCAGGAGACUUCCAGCAGCCUCAAUCGCCUUCUCUGCUUUGCCUCGGGCGCUCGGGUCUGCCCAGCAACCGGAGUCGCUCCGAGUCGCGCGAGGGAGUGUAUCGCCGUGAGGAUAAGACCCCGGAGCCGCGAAGGAGGAGAAGGGAGGUCCUGACCGCUCGUCGAGGGCAGGCACCGAGUGCCUGGGUUCCGUUUGAUGAGCUCCGAGUCCUCAUGACGCGCUGGAAAGGCUACCGACUGAUGCAGAUGCAGCUUCUCUCGCUCCCUGCUGUCACGCGCUGA